AUACCAGAUUGGGGAUUUUUUUUCGUUCCUCAAUGAAAUUUCUACUACUUUUGUAGCGCUAUACUUGAUAACCGAGUGAGAGCCGAAUUUCUCUCCAUUUUGUCUCGUAGCUCGUGGAAAAUGUAAAUGUGUGCGUGUCCUUUUACGUUUUAGACGCAAACAGCAGCGACGAAGAAGUGGUACGAUUGAAAAAAAGACCCCAUCGAAGAAUUUUUUUCACAGCUAAAAUCAUAAAAAAAAUAGAAAUUUAGUGAAAAAUCAAAGGAAAAAAUUCGAAAAAGUGGAUAAUUUUCGGGAAAAACUUACAUUGGGGUCACAUGUGCGGGCUAAAAUUCAGAACAAGAAAUACUCCGUCUCAAAAGACGUCUUUGCGAUGGGGCGAUAGCUGUUAUUCCAUUAAUUCAACCACUUAUUUCAACACCAAAAAUCAUUAAAUGCUGCUUUUCAACACACACCAACAGUCUAUUUUGCUGCGCUAAACUCGCAUUCAGGACAGAAAUCUAUUUUUUUAGCGAAAACUCGAAAACCUACAGGAAAUGUAGAGAAAAAGUGGAAAAAAAUUAAUCAACGAUACAUAUCAUGUUAAAAGUUUCUGUGAUUUUUAAGCAAACCAAGUAAAAUAAAUAUUAAAAAAAAUAUAUAAAAAAAUAUUAAAAGAGGAAAAAUUUACAAAUCGAACUUAUACAAAAAAAAAAAAUAAAUAAAAUAAAAUAAAUUAUAGGAAAAAAAAAGAAAAACAAGAAAAGUGAGUGUUCACAAAGUAGAAGAAUCAAUAAAAUUUGUAUUAUUAAGGAACUGAAGUGAAUUGUCAGGAAAAAUGAUUAAUAUCGCAGGAGUUGUUAGUAUCGUUUUGUUUUAUUUGCUCAUUUUGGGGGUCGGAAUAUGGGCAGGUCGAAAAAAAGAAGAAGGUAAUGACUCGGAGGAGGAAGUUAUGUUGGCAGGAAGAAAUAUUGGAUUGUUUGUCGGAAUUUUCACAAUGACAGCUACUUGGGUUGGCGGCGGAUACAUCAACGGCACUGCCGAAGCUAUUUAUACCACGGGUCUGGUAUGGUGUCAAGCGCCAUUCGGUUAUGCCCUGAGUCUCGUAUUUGGCGGGAUUUUCUUCGCCAAUCCGAUGCGGAAACAGGGCUACAUCACCAUGUUAGAUCCGUUACAAGACAGCUUCGGCGAGCGCAUGGGGGGUUUGUUAUUCUUGCCCGCAUUGUGCGGCGAAGUCUUUUGGGCAGCAGGCAUCUUGGCUGCUUUGGGCGCCACACUUUCCGUCAUUAUCGACAUGGAUCAUCGUACUUCGGUGAUUUUGUCGUCGUGCAUCGCCGUGUUUUACACGCUGUUCGGCGGAUUGUAUGCCGUUGCGUAUACCGACGUCAUCCAGCUCGGAUGCAUCUUUAUCGGGCUGUGGAUGUGCAUUCCGUUCGCUUGGAUGAACGAACACGUGCAAAGUUUAUCCAGCAUGGAUGUCGAUUGGAUUGGGGAAGUUGAUCCGAAGGAAAAGUGGUUCUACAUUGACUAUGGGUUGCUUCUCGUUUUCGGAGGCAUUCCGUGGCAAGUUUAUUUCCAAAGAGUAUUAUCCAGUAAAACUGCUGGACGAGCACAAGUUCUAUCAUACGUAGCUGCAUUUGGCUGUAUUAUAAUGGCUAUCCCACCGGUAUUAAUAGGAGCUAUUGCUAAAGCGACACCAUGGAACGAAACCGACUACAAGGGACCUUGGCCUCUAACUGUUCAGGAGACGAGCAUGAUACUUCCGAUGGUGUUGCAAUACUUGACGCCAGAUUUUGUGUCAUUUUUUGGGCUUGGAGCCGUUUCUGCAGCUGUCAUGUCAUCUGCCGACUCAUCAGUAUUAUCAGCGGCAUCAAUGUUUGCACGAAAUGUCUACAAACUGAUAUUCCGUCAUCGGGCUUCGGAAAUGGAAAUUAUUUGGGUGAUGCGCGUCGGAAUUAUUGUCGUUGGCAUACUCGCAACGAUAAUGGCGUUGACAAUUCCUUCAAUUUACGGUUUGUGGUCGAUGUGUUCCGACUUGGUUUAUGUCAUUUUGUUCCCUCAGUUGUUGAUGGUCGUGCAUUUCAAGAACUUUUGCAACACGUACGGGAGCUUAGCGGCGUAUAUUAUUGCCUUGUUUAUACGAUUAUCGGGCGGCGAGCCCUUAUUGGGGUUGCCCGCGUUGAUACAUUUCCCGUUAUACGAUGAGGAAAACCAGCGGCAACUGUUUCCGUUCCGAACAAUGGCUAUGAUUACAAGUUUACUUACGCUUAUCUUCGUGUCUUGGUUAUCAAAAUUCCUGUUUGAGACUGGUCGAUUAGCGCCGCAGUAUGACUACUUCAGAUGUGUUGUUAACAUCCCCGAAGACGUUCAACGCGUUGGCGAGCCCUCAGAAGCAGGAGAACAGAUGACUUUAUCGGGCGCUCCCAUGGCGAAAAUGUACGGCGCCGCAACGAUGGUUGGCAAAGACGAACGUAAUGGUCGAAUAAAUCCUGCUCUCGAAGCUGAUGAUGACUUGCCCGUAGCUGAGGCGAAGCAACAAAUUCAACGUCACAUCCAAAGCGGAGGCGGAGCAUUGGGAAUUUCGGGCAUCGGAACUCCAAAUGUCUCCGGACAAGGUCAUACCGCAUUCUAAUUCAUCGAUAAAAGUAAGGAUUUAUCGGUUUCCUUCCACAAAUCACGUCAAAAAAAUUAAACAUAUCGUUAAAUUGUUGAUAUUAAUGUUAAAAACGAAGAAGAAGGAAGAAAGAAAAGCAGAAACAUAUCAAUUAAACAAAAAAAAAAAAAUAUCUAAAUGUAGAGACUUGCAAUAUUUUUAGUAUUUAAGAUGCAAUGAUAUAAAACUGAAACAAAACAUAUCAAUUAAUGUUACAAAAAAGCAUAGAAAUUAUAAAAAAAAGUGGAAAAAAUAUUGAAUAGACUUGAAAAUUAUGAAAAUUAUUACAAAUUUAUGUUGAAAUCGGUACAAACUUUGGCCUAUUUUGCGUUUUUAGUGAUGCAAAAGCUUUGAGUACCUUAAAAUAUCAUCAAUUAAACAAGAGAGUAUUAACAAUUAAACAACUUUAUGUUAGUUUCCACAGAAAAUGGCAAUCAUUUCAACAUUAUAAUCAAUA